ACGGAGGAAACUCGGAAUGUUAGUGUGGUGUAAUAUUGGACGAUUUAGAAUUACGAAUCCUUUGCAAGACGAAAAUAAGACAUCACGAGGUAGGGUCAUUCCUAUAGACGUGACACACAAACACACACGUACACACACGCUAUCACACUAUCACAAGUAGUAUCAGCGCAUCCGUAUCCACCGCUAAGUAUUCUUGUCGAGGCCUGCAAGUGGCUGUCACUGCAUGCGUCAUCCCGUUCCACCGCUCACAUCCUGUUUAAAAUCUCUCUCUGCAAAAUGUAACCAACAUUUUGCCGGAGAACAACUACGUAUACAUCCCUGCAGUAUGUCAUCAGGCCUAUGAGAGAAAGGAGGACGGUCACGGUGCCCUGGUGACAGUGUAUACAAGCCCACAAUUUAAAUGCCCCGCUUGCACCACAUCUAGGGAGGAAGGAAGGCGUCUGCUCCAUUAUCGCCGCCACAACCCACCGCGGCACAGCGUCCCCGGGCGGCGCAGGGAGGUUCCAACUCUGUAUCCGACACUCGCUGGCUGACUGUGAGCCUAGUACGAGGGAUCGAGGCAGCAAAGGCUUGAAUUUAUCCUUGUGUUCUACCUACCUGUAUGCGAGGAUCCGAGGCUCUUCAUAGUGGUGGCUAAUAUUGAUUUCAUUCUGUAGAAUUUUAGCCACUUUACCGCGGGACGUGGAAAUAAUGUCGGCCCGAGGCAUAGCCAAGAAGCGGCAGAAGAAUGUUAGUAAGUCCCAGCGGGCCAAUGUGUUGUUCCCGGUAGGCCGCCUGCACCGCUACAUGAAGGCAGGCCCGGGCACUCGCAGGCUCAGGAUAGGCGUCGGGGCACCUGUGUACGCCGCCGCCGUCAUCGAGUACCUCACAGCGGAGGUGCUGGAGCUGGCCGGCAAUGCAGCACGGGACAACAAAAAGUCACGCAUCACUCCCAGGCACAUCCUGCUGGCCAUUGCCAAUGAUGAGGAGUUGCAUCAGCUGCUGCGUCACGUGACCAUUGCGUCAGGUGGUGUUCUGCCCAAGAUCCAUCCAGAGCUGUUGGCCAAGAAGAAGGGAGGCAAGUUUAUCACAGGAGCCAACACACCAGUUACUGUUCCAUAUAAGAAACCCAUCGCCACCAAGCCUCCGGCAUACAAGAAGGUCACCACUGCAAAGACCAAUGCCAUUAUGAUGGGAGGCUCAGCAGCCAGCACCCCCAACUUCCACAGCUGCCUGCUACCACUGCUGCCUUCCACCCCACCAGCCAAGACCCCUGGCUCCCCUGCCAGUGUCACCUCAGGUUCAUCAACACCAGUCAAACUCCGAGCAAAGGGUAAAGACAUCGCAUCCUCAAGCACCUUCACAGUUCUUUCAGAAAAAAAGCUCUUCCUGGGACAGAAGUUGACAGUGGUACAGUCAGACAUAUCAACAGUAGUGGCGGACGCUGUCGUCCAUCCCACCAACGCUAACCUCGACUUCCUGGGUGAGGUUGGUUUGGCCCUCAGUAAAAAAGGGGGCAAGGCUCUCCUGGAUGAGGUGCGGGAACUGGCAAACUGCAAGGGUGCUCUGCCCUCUUGUGAUGCUGCCAUCUGCAACGGGUGCAAUCUGCCAGCACGGUGGGUGAUCCACGUCAACGGCCCAACCAACGGAGAGGUGGAUGCCUUCGACAAGCUGGAGCGCUGCGUCCGAAACUGCCUGGUGGUGGCCGACACACGGAACUUUAAGUCCCUGGCGCUGCCUUCCAUCGGCAGUGGAAAGGCUGGCUUCCCCAAGCAGCAGGCAGCACAAACCAUCAUCAAAUCCAUCUGUAACUACUUUGUCAACGUGAUGUCCUCAUCCCUGAAGCAGAUCUACUUUGUGUUGUACGACAUGGAGAGCAUAGGAGCAUACACGGCAGAGCUGGCCAAGCUGGACUCCUAAAAGUGUGUAGGGGUGUGUCAGCCCCCACAUGGUAGCCCCUACCCAGGCCCCACACCCUGGGGGACUGAGGCAAUGGGAGAUUACCAUAGGGUUUCUGAAAUCCUCAGAGGUUAUAGUACAAGACAACUCCCCUGUGUUUGAACUGCUGAGUAUGAGACAUUUGUGAAUGGCUUUAGCAUAUGUAUAUGAACAGUGUCUGCUGGAUGUGAUGAGCUCUUCUGCACCUGCACCAUACCGUACCAUAAGCUGCAGCUGCUUGUGUGGGCACAUCUGGGUCUCAGAUACUUGUGAUCACUGCUUGGAAUGUGUUUGUGUAUUAGCAGUGUAAUAUUUUCACUCUUGUUUGUGGUUUGUUAAGCUAGUGAGCACUGCCCUCCAGACACUUCUCAAGCUCAGCAGAAACACUGAUUGAGACACCUGCCAACAAGCAAACAAGACAAGGAAUAUUGGCAUCUUUGCUGGAAAAUAGAUUAACUGCAAUUUAAUAAUCAUGAAGUGGAGGUUCUUGAAUUACCUUUCCAAUCAUGAAUAGAUGAAAAUGCAAAGACAAUUUUGGAUUCAGAGUAGGAAACUGGUUAUCUGUCAGAACUGUUUUGGGAGUGUCUGCACUCCAUCCCUGCUUAUUGCGUAUAUCUUCAAAAAAGAAAUUUAUGCCUGGAAAUACUCAGAUUCCAAAAUUAAGUGUAAGUUUUCCCUAGAAUAUUUCUUUGGCAUCGCCUUGCAUGGGAUUAAGAAGAGAGAAGGAGAAGUCCACUCACCAGAUAGAAUAACUGAUCUGGACACAGCUGGGCUUCACAGACUGUGUUGUGUUGAACACCACAGGCCGUCAGGCUGGUGUGGGACGGCUGUGUGGGCGCCGGAGUGCUGGUGGAGGGCUGUGAACUUUUUAUACUUGUACCAUAGAACAUUGAGAAAACCCUGUACCAAUAUUCCACUAGUUACUGGAUGAUGGUGAGAUGGUUCAUAAGAAACAAGCAUUUUGAUUGUAGUGGAGAGGCAGUCAAACACAUUAAUUUUUCACAUUUGCAUUGCAUAUCAGAAGGGCAUUAUUUUUGUCUUCAUAGCAUGGUCUUGGAACAAUUUCUUUCUCUAAUGGUUUAAACAGUUGUUCUCUAGACUGCUUAUGUCUUCAAGUUUGCAGUGAUCUAUAGCAAAGAUGGUGAUGUGAAGUGAUGAAACAUGUAUUAAAGACUGUGUGUGUGUGUGUGUGUGUGUGUGUGUGUGUGUGUGUGUGUGGUGUGUGUGUGUGUGUGUGAAUACUUCCAAGUAGCAAAGACUCAAAGUUUUUGCUGUGUGCUGGUCAAGAGUUUGAAGUUAGUAUAGAAAUAUUCACAUUUAAUGUGUCGGAAAGAGUGGAAUAAUUUUGUGAUAAUUUAAUGCUAGUGAGGGGAGCACACAGUACUGCCCAUUUGAUCCUUGUUUUGUGAUUGGCCAAUGUAAUACGUAUGUUGUUUAUGUAUGUUGAUUGUUGUAUAAUGUCUUUAUUUAUCAUUUUGCUGUUGGCCUAAUGUCAGUGUUUGUUAAGUCUUAAAGGAUUAUAUUUAAAAAAUUAUUGUGAUUAUAGAAUAAUCUAUGUAAUUAAUUAUAUAUGAAUUACAUCAUUUUUGUUGAAUGUUGGUGGAGGAGAAGUGUUAUGACAGUGAAGAGAUUUAUGUUACAUAUUAUUUGUACUUAAGUUUUGCUCAAGUGUGUCCAAAUAUUACAUUGGAAUAUUGGUGUUACAACCCAGAGCAUUAUAUAAUAUUAUUGUUUUUAGAGGUGAUGUUAAAGCAACUCUUGAGUUAUUAUGGGGAGCAAACCUUAUUAUUUUUUUUUUUAUUGUAUUUUUAUUGUUAUUAUUAUUUUUUUUUUUUUUCUUUCUCUCUCUCUCUCUCUCUUCCAAGUAUUUGUGGUACAAAAUCUACCAAGUUGAUAAUUAAAGAGAAUAGAGGAAAGCUUCUGUCCACGCUGUUCCUUGCAGGCAGCAACACUGUGGCCAGAAGGGUUCACUCAUCAUUCAGUGAGGCUGCAGACAGUGUAGAUAACAUAGCAUGCACCAGACACUUUCAAUGAAUCAUGUGAUAACUUUCAUGACGGCUGAAUCACAAUGUAAUCUAACAAAAUAACUCAUGACAAUGAAUUAUAUGCAAUGAGAACCUCCUGGCUGGUAGGAACAUGACGUAAUGUGAUGGAAAGAACUUGACCAGCUACGGAUGUGUAGGAGGAACUUCCGAAACAAAAGUCUUUGGAAAAGUUGAA